UAUCAGCAACGGCUGCAUCCUCACUGGGAGCCAGAGACACAAAGGCGUGUUGUGUAACUAAUUGAGGGCUUUACUGGUUGCGGUGGGUAAAUACGCAUUAGGUUUUUUUAGCAGUUGGUGGUUACGUUCAUUAAGACAUUCCUGCACGGAUUGGGGCGGCAGAGGGCUUUACAUAAUAAGGUACAUGAUUUUCACGUGAAAUGCCCCUUUAAAAACGGGCUCCCUUCGGCCACAUUAAGGCACAUCGUAAACGAGCGGACAGGGUGGAGUGAAAAGUCUGUGACAGCUGGACUUUAUUGUCAAUACGACUUUAGGAUGGCCUCGUCUUACCCUUUACCGGAGGGCUUCUCCGACUUUGAUGUGUUCUCCCUAGGAUCGUGUCUGCUUGUGGAGGGUCUGCUGGGCUUCUUUUUAAAUGCGGUGACAAUCGUUGCUUUCCUCAAAGUGAGAGAGUUGAGGACCCCAAGUAAUUUCCUAGUGUUCAGCUUAGCGAUGGCUGACAUGGGCAUCUCUACGAACGCCACCAUCGCCGCUUUCUCUAGCUUCCUGAGGUACUGGCCUUAUGGCUCCCAAGGAUGCCAGACUCACGGUUUCCAUGGCUUCAUGACAGCUCUCGCCAGCCUCCACUUUAUAGCCGCCAUCGCCUGGGACAGAUACCACCAGUAUUGCACAAGGACAAAACUGCAGUGGAGCAGCGCCAUCAGUCUGACUGUAUUUAUCUGGCUCUUCGCUGCCUUCUGGGCUGCCAUGCCCCUCGUUGGCUGGGGAGAGUACGACUACGAGCCCCUUAGGACAUGCUGCACUCUGGACUACAGCAAGGGAGACAGAAACUAUGUGUCCUACUUGAUCCCCAUGAGCAUCUUCAACUUGGCCAUCCAAAUGUUUGUUGUCAUGUCAUCUUACCAGUCCAUUGCACAGAAAUUCAAAAAGACUGGAAACCCCAGGUUCAACCCCCACACUCCUCUUAAGACUUUGCUGUUCUGCUGGUGCCCCUAUGGCAUCCUGGCUUUCUACGCCGCUGUGAAGAACGCCAACCUGGUGUCCCCCAAGCUCAGGAUGGUGGCUCCUAUUCUGGCUAAGACCUCUCCCACCUUCAAUGUUUUCCUGUACGCUUUGGGAAAUGAGAACUACAGAGGAGGUAUCUGGAAGUUCCUCACUGGAGAAAAGAUGGCUGUGCCUCAAAUUGAGAACAAGUCCAAAUAAACUAAGCAUGAAUAAUAGCACACACA